AAGUUUCAGUUUCAGCACUCACAUUCAUUCAUUUCUUUCUUGGGUGUUGAAAAUAUAGAACCAUGGAGUCUCUUGUACAACAAGCCUUACAACAACCCGCGCCUAUUGCACUACUCUCCGUCAUCCCUGUUAUAUUUCUCCUCGGCAUAAUUUUCCGGUCUCGACGGCGCUUACCUUAUCCGCCGGGACCUAAGGGCCUGCCCAUCAUUGGCACCAUGCUGAUAAUGGACCAGUUAACCCACCGCGGUCUGGCCAAACUAGGCAAAGCGUACGGCGGCAUCUGCCACCUCCGCAUGGGGUUCUUGCACAUGGUGGCUGUCCAGAGCGCUGAAGUAGCUCAGCAAGUCCUUCAAGUACAAGACAACAUUUUCUCGAACCGGCCGGCGACCAUAGCUAUCAGCUACUUAACCUACGACCGUGCCGACAUGGCUUUCGCUCACUAUGGACCCUUUUGGCGCCAGAUGCGAAAGCUGUGCGUGAUGAAGCUCUUCAGCCGCAAAAGAGCCGAGUCGUGGGCGUCCGUAAGGGACGAGGUCGAUAGAACAGUGAGAACUGUGGCAGCCAACACCGGUUUGGCAGUUAACAUCGGCGAGCUGGUAUUUUCCCUCACCAAGAAUAUCACAUACAGAGCUGCGUUCGGGAGCAGCUCGAAAGAAGGGCAGGACGAGUUCAUUGGGAUACUGCAGGAAUUUUCCAAGUUGUUUGGGGCAUUCAAUAUUGCGGAUUUUAUUCCUGGUCUCGGGUGGUUCGACCCGCAAGGGCUUAACAAGAGGCUAGUAAAGGCUCGUGGGGCACUUGACAAGUUCAUCGACACCAUCAUAGACGACCACUUACAGAAGAACAAAACGUCGGGGAGUUUUGACGAAGGUGAAACUGACAUGGUGGAUGAGUUGUUAGCUUUUUACAGUGAAGAGACAAAAGUGAAUCAGUCGGAGGAUAAUUUACAAAACGCUAUCAAAUUUACCCGAGAGAAUAUCAAAGCCAUCAUCAUGGACGUAAUGUUUGGCGGCACAGAGACGGUUGCAUCGGCGAUAGAAUGGGCCAUGUCGGAGUUGAUGAAAAGCCCCGAGGAUCUGAAGAAGGUCCAAAUGGAGCUCGCAGAUGUUGUUGGCUUAGACCGCAGGAUCGAAGAAACCGACUUCGAGAAACUGACCUACCUGAAAUGCAUACUCAAAGAGACACUCCGGCUGCACCCGCCGAUCCCUCUCCUCCUCCACGAGACGUCGGAGGACGCGGUGGUCGCCGGCUACAGCAUCCCCAAGAAGUCACGAGUGAUGAUCAACGCGUGGGCGAUUGGGCGUGACAAGGACUCAUGGGAGGACGCCGAGAGUUUCAAACCCUCGAGGUUUUUGAAGGAAGGAGUUCCGGACUUCAAGGGUAGUAACUUUGAGUUCAUUCCGUUCGGGUCGGGCCGGAGGUCGUGCCCGGGGAUGCAGCUGGGGCUGUACGCGCUGGAGCUGGCUGUGGGGCACUUGCUUCAUUGUUUCAGUUGGGAGUUGCCGGAUGGGAUGAAACCUAGUGAGCUUGAGAUGAACGACGUGUUUGGACUCACGGCGCCGAGAGCGAGUCGACUUAUCGCCGUGCCGACUAAAAGGGUCGUGUCUCCACUUUGAGUAAACGAGUUUGAUUUCAAGCAUACGUAUGAUCGACCAAAAGACGUCGGAAAAGGAAACUCAAAAGCCCAUGCAAUUAUAAAUAUUUUGUGAAGAACCCAGAACAAGAAAUAAUGUAUUAGGGACGACUGAAAAGAAGACAUGAUUUGAAUUAUCUUCCAUUGUGUAUAAGCACUCCCUUUCUUUUGGUUGUGGUGGAAAUUAGUCUUGGAUUUUCAUCUUUUUUUUGUUCUUUCUUCCAUAUAUACUUAUUCUGUUGUAUUCAAAGAACAAUGCAAUAAACUAGGGUGGAGUGGAGAGUUCGUACAUUA